CUGGACUUUACUGUCUUUGCCUCCAGAAUUACUCAAGGGAAGGGACUCAUGCCUGAUGGUACCAGCAGAUUCACCUGCAAAGGAAAGCAGAUUUACCACUUCAUGGGGACUAGCACUUUCUCAGAGUACACCGUGGUGGCCGAUAUCUCAGUAGCUAAGAUAGAUGCUGCAGCACCCCUUGAUAAAGUUUGCCUGCUUGGUUGUGGAAUCUCUACUGGCUAUGGGGCUGCUGUCAACACUGCCAAGGUGGAACCUGGCUCUACAUGUGCUGUCUUUGGUUUAGGAGGGGUUGGGCUGGCGGUUAUUAUGGGCUGUAAAGUAGCAGGAGCAUCACGGAUCAUUGGCAUCGAACUUAACAAGGAUAAGUAUGCCAAAGCCAAAGAGUUUGGAGCUGGUGAGUACAUUAGCCCUCAAGACUUCAAGAAACCCAUACAGGAAGCGCUGAUUGAGAUGACCGAUGGUGGUGUGGACUUCUCAUUUGAGUGCAUUGGUAACGUUGGAGUCAUGAGAGCUGCCUUGGAAGCCUGCCACAAAGGCUGGGGCGUCAGCGUGAUAGUUGGAGUGGCUGGUGCUGGGCAGGAGAUCUGCACGCGGCCGUUCCAGCUCGUGACGGGGCGGACGUGGAAGGGCACUGCCUUUGGAGGCUGGAAGAGCGUAGACAGUGUACCAAAACUGGUGACUGAAUACAUGUCCAAAAAGAUCAAGGUUGAUGAAUUUGUGACUCACACCCUGCCUUUUGACAAAAUUAAUGAGGCUUUUGAGCUGAUGCAUACAGGAAAGAGCAUUCGAACUGUCCUAAAACUUUAGAGCCAGAUGUGGAUGUUCUGUUUGGCCAGGAGCAUGGUAACUGUCCUUCUAUAAUGGAGUUUCUGAUAGAGGGUAGAAUCAAGCAAAUGAAAACUCACUGGGACUAAGAAGAUCAUGUAUUUUACC